GGCAACAUACCGCCAGAGCUUUCACCCGCUCCUUUGUGAGAGAGGCAGCAGCAGCAGCAGCAGCAACAGUGUGCCGCACCCUUCUGCUCCUCCUGGGACUCACAGCGCGGAUCACUGCGCACAGGUAACCACAGCUCAAACUCCCGGAAGCGACGGAAAAGUCAACACAGGUGGUGGAGACUUCUGCUAUCAACCAAGUUUGUGGGACGAAUUAAGAAAAAAAAGAAAAGAAAAAGAAAAGCUGGAAUGGAGCAUCGCUAGAGAGAGAGGAAAAAACAUUUUUACUUUUAUCUCUGUCGCGUUUUUUCAACUCCCGCUCAGAGCGCGUUGAAAGGUGACCUCAGGUGCGGCCGCGCACUAUUUCUCAACUCGACGAUUUACUUGAUAAACGAGUUCAGGAAACAAUAAAAGAUAGACGUGGAUCCAAAGUCCCACACCGCCUCACAGUAAAGGCCUGAAACUUCUAACUGGAUCCUUCCAGUCCUCAUCUGUGCAGCUGAUGGCAUGCCGAUCUCCAACCCACCAGAGAGGGCGAGUCUGAAUGGCACCCUAGUCCUUCCCGUCAUCUUCCUGUCUGAAAGGCCGCUCUCUGCUCCAACUUCACCAACUCUUCUCUGAUCCCACAUCCACCAGACAUCUCAACAUGGGUGUACAGAAUUACAACCCAGACGCAUGCUACGACAACCGGACUGUCAAAUUUUUCUAUGAGGCGAGUGGCAAGAACAUCAGCGACCACUGGCGUCGGCGUGACUAUGUGAUCGUCACUCUGGGCAUGACGGUCUGCUUCAUUGUCAUCUUUUCCAACCUUUUGGUCAUAGGGGCCAUUUUAAAAAACAGACGCUUUCACUUUCCCAUCUAUUACCUGUUGGGUAACCUGGCCUUGGCAGACCUCUUCUCAGGUGUCUCCUACCUCCACUUGAUGUUUCAUACUGGUCCCUGGACCAUUAAACUGUCCAUUAAACAGUGGUUUGUGCGACAGGGGCUGAUAGACACCAGCCUGACAGCCUCUGUCCUCAACCUCCUGGCGGUGGCUGUGGAGCGUCACCAAACCAUCUUCAACAUGCAGCUCCAUAGUAAGAUGAGCACCCGGCGUGUUUUCAUCAUCAUGCUGUUUAUCUGGGUGGUGGCAAUAAUCAUGGGCCUGGUUCCCACCAUGGGCUGGCACUGCCUGUGCGACCUGGAAAACUGCUCCACCAUGGCGCCGAUGUACAGCCGCAGCUACCUGGUGUUCUGGGCCGUCCUCAACCUGUUGACCUUCUCCAUCAUGUUGGCCGUCUACACCAGGAUCUUCCUCUACGUGAGGCACAAGAGUAAGCAGAUGUCACAGCACACCACCCAGAUGAGACACAGAGAGACGGUGCUCAACCUGAUGAAGACUGUCUCCAUGAUCCUGGGCUGUUUUGUGAUCUGCUGGACGCCCGGCCUGGUCGUGCUGCUGCUCGACGGUCUGGGCUGCGACAAGUGUAAAGUGCUGCGCUACGAGAAGUACUGCCUGGUGCUGGCCGAGUGCAACUCCCUCGUCAACCCCAUCAUCUACUCUUUCAGGGACAAAGACAUGAGGAGGACCUUCAAAGAGAUCCUGUGCUUCCUGUGCCGGCGGGGCGGCGACCCCGAAGGCAUCUCUGGAGUUCAUUUUAACACCCUGGACCACGAGAACGAUAAGUCUCGUAUCGCCGACCCCGUAGAGAGGAGCAACGGGACGCUUCUCACCCGAGCAGGCUCGAAAGACAUCCUGCCCUCUUCAGAAAAGUGGAAUUAACUCAAACAACGAUAAACUUUAAACAGUCACUCAAUGAUGUGCAUAAACACACUUCACUCUGCAGUCUGUUGAUGUGUGUAUGCAAAGGUAAACAUGCCUUAAGACCCUUUUUUUCCCUCAGAGGAGGUGGAAAUAUUUAUUCCUUUUAAAAUGUUGGAUUUUACCUUUUCUGCAAGCAGACAAGAUUCGGCCUGUUGUGUCUCUUAAAGGGAUAUUUCACAUCUUUAGGGAACAUGACGGUGGACUUUUCUUCUAAAUGGUUAAUUUACGCUCCAUCAUUGACCUUCAGCAGACGUAAGGAGCCAAACCCCCCAUUGCUGGACCAGUUACACAACACUGAGGACAUUGGAGGGCGAAUUUCCUGUUUAUACAUAAACGAUCUGCCAGUUUCACCCAAACAGACGGAGGUGGAAGAGGCAGCGCUAAUGGCUGCUGAACAACUGGAACAUGCCGACAACUCAUGGAAAAAAUGACAAUGAAAAUGUGCGGACAGUCGCGCAGCAGAAUAACAGGCCCUGCCUCGAAUGUUUUUUUUUUUUUUGUAAAAUCCUCAUGAUGGCUUAAUGUAUGGAAUCACUGUAAAUGUGAUGUGUCCAAGCUAAUCUGCACCUAAGACAUGAGUUGCACUCAAAGGCCACUAGAGCUCGAUACCACUCUGUACUGUAUAAAGGGUUAUAAGUUGCAACUAAUAAACCUGUUAACGCUUUAAUAAAUCAUUUACAUUUUUUAUUAGCAAUAUGUUGGUCGCCAGGUUGUGAAAAAUGUAAUUUAACCUGCUUUGUGUUUUUUUAAUUAGCUCUUUAAUUGCUGUAGGAAUAAUUUGACCACUUACAGAGCUUACAUUACUUAUUAUUCACUGCUGCUGCUUUUUGCUACUCAUAUGGUCCAACCACCUGUUUUAAGCUCUAUUCAGUGAUGGUUUUGGCCUCCUGCUUGUGCCAUGUAGGUACCUUUUUUGGUUCUAAGUUGUGUUCAAUGUUUGGACCCCAAUAUAUCUGCUUGUAGUUCUAUUUUUACCCUUUUGUACAACUUACUUUUAAUGACUUAUCAUUAGAAGUAAGAUUUGUUGGAUUAUUUGAUUUUAAAGUUAUUACCAAAUUAAUAAGCUGCAGACUUGAUGGAUUAUUGAACUGAAAAACGCCUUUUAAUAGAGAUUCCCUACAUUUGCAACUGCAAAUUUAAUUGCUUACUGUUAAACUCAUGACCUUUUUUAUAGGCUCAAAGUAAGAGCUGAAUGAAAAGACAAAGCACAUUGUGCCGGAGGAGGAUAAACUCCAACCAAAUACAUUUGUUACAACCUGACAACUCAAAAGUUGUUCUCAUUAAUGGCUCGUUACGAAUCUAAAAGCUUAAGUAAACAAUUUAUUAGCAUUUAUAAAGCCUUAGGUAGAAUUUACACACCUAAAGUAUUUAUUCUCCAUUUGUUCGUUAACAUGAUUCUGGUUGGAUUGUUACACAAAUUUUAAAUGUAGGAUAUUUACAGUUUUUACCCUAAUAUUUCAUAAUAAUCAUAAGUGUAUGACACAGGUGUCGGUUAACUCUCUGCCCCAUUAAAAACUGAGAGGGACACAAAUCUCCAGUCCUGCAUGACUCACAUUUCCGUCAUUGUACUUUUUCUCAUGAAACCAAAGAGAAUAUACUGACGAAUAACUUUAUGAUCAAGAUCCUGUUUACGUCAGCAGUGUCGGUUAAAAACCCCCCGCUGUGCUUAAAGCUCAUUUUUAUUUUCAACAGAUUUAAGCAGUUUGCUGUGAGCUCCUCCUUAAUAUUUAAUGAUUUUUUUUUUUUUUUUUUUUUUUUUUUUUUUGCUCACACUGCCUGAUGUAAAUUGUCUCUAUGAAGGAAUGAACAAACAAUACUCCUUUGUGAAUAGUUUGUGAUGUAAAGCUUUAUUUAUUAUCACAUUGUGACAGUAGAUAUAAUGUACAGUAUUUAGUGCAAUUAAGUCAUAAAGGGAAAUAAUUUUUCAUUAAGUUAAUAUCCAGAAAUUAAUUUUUUUUUUUUUUUUUUUUUUUUUUUAAUGCUACCUUUUUGUUAAGCAUGACUGAGCGUACAGGACAAGUGUGAGUUAAAGCCGGAGGAUAAAUAUAGUGCAGCUGAUUGGUGUUUUGUAUUUUGUUGAGUAAAACUGACACUGAGAUUUUUAAUAGGAAAGAAAAUGUAACUUUCAGUUUUCUGUGUCUUGUUUUCAGCCAUGAUAAUCUGCUCUCAGUAACUGACAAUGGCGUCAUUAAAAACUUUGAAAACAUGUA